ACCUGCGAACCAGUCGAGCGGGGGCAAUAUCAUAUGAUUUUGAAGAUUGACCUACUUCUGCUGAACCGUUGCAGCUGUGUGCUGUGUGUUAUGUGUGUUGAUGUGUGUUCUGUUACAUUACCACCGCUCCUGCCAUCCCACCGGCUUCGGAGGGGAGUCGGGGAACAUUCGGGAGUAAUUAUGCUACCGCUGCGUGCGCAUAAAUUCUUCGAAGGUCUUUUCACCAACGAAGACCAACCGCAAGAAGACGCGCGCGCGAGAGAGAAGAAGGCCAUCAAGUUCGGCACAGAAUGUUUCGGCCUGGCAGUGUGCAAUAUCAGUGAAAGCUGUGAUGCGGCUCUGGUUUAGGUGCAGUUUGAGCCACGGCAGUCCCCUCUGUGUGUGUGUGUAUGUGGCCUUGGUGUGUGGUGCAUCGGAGUUUUCAUUCGCCACUAAAGCUUUAAGCUUUCACUAGCGUGUGCAGGUGCUGUGGACGCGAAGCUCCUGAACUUUAGUUUCGAUUCGCCCCGGACGUCGUCGUCGUUAGUUGGUUCGUAAUCGGUAGCCAAACAACCGCACACAAUGGACGUGGUAGACCAGCAGCCUACCACUCCUGCCCCAUCGCCCGACAGCGAAGACGAUGACACGCCACUCGCCAUUAAGUUGAAGACGCAAAACGGUGGAAACGCACCGGCCGGUCCCGCGACCGUUCCACCGGCCCACUCGCCCUGGAAGCGCAAACAACUGGUUGACGUGAAUCCGCACGGCAGCCUGGACCUGAGCAAGCUGUCGAUGCGGCGAAACUCGAGCUACGGCAAGCUGCCGUCGGAAGCGCCCGAAGCGAAGGUGCUCGUCAUCUACACCGGCGGCACGAUCGGCAUGAUGCGAAACGAGAAGAAUGCGCUGGAACCACGGCCGUACGAGUUUGUGCGCAAAAUACGCCAGUACCCGAACAUGCACGACGACGGGUACGCAAGCAAGCGGUACGGGCCGGCGAAAAAUAUGGCCCCGUUGGUGCUACCGUACGUGGAGGGACAGCACCGUCGCAUUCUGUACCAAAUCUCCGAGUACGAGCCACUGCUCGAUUCCUCCAACAUGAGCAUCUCGGACUGGGUGCGAAUCGCGACCGACAUACGCCAGUCGUACGAGUUUUUCGACGGGUUCGUGAUACUGCACGGUACCGAUACGCUGUCCUACACCGCGUCCGCCCUGUCGUUUAUGUUUGAAAAUUUGGGCAAAACCAUCAUCAUCACCGGGUCGCAGAUACCGAUCUUUGAGACGCGCACGGACGGCAAGGACAACUUUACGUCCGCGCUGAUCCUGGCGGGGAAUUAUGUGCUGCCCGAGGUGUGCAUCUUCUUCAACAGCCGGCUGUUCCGCGGUAACCGCACGAUCAAGGUUAGCAGCGAGUCGCUGGACGCGUUCAAUUCGCCCAAUGCGGCCCCGCUCGCCAAGAUGGGCAUCAACGUGGAGGUGGACUAUCGGGUCAUCUUUCGGCCGUGCACGGUGGACAAGUUUACGGUGCACCUGCAGAUGGACGAGAACGUGGGGCUGUUGCGGCUGUUUCCCAGCAUCUCGGUCGCGACGGUCAAUGCGUUUCUGCGGGCGCCGAUGCGUGGCGUGGUGCUGCAGACGUACGGUGCGGGCAAUUUUCCCACCAACCGGGCGGAUCUGAUCGCGGCCCUGAAGGAGGCGAACGAGCGGCAGGUGCUGAUCGUGAACUGCACCCAGUGCAACGAGGGUGCGGUGUGCGAUCUGUACGAAACGGGCCGGCAGCUGCAGGAGAUUGGCAUCAUACCGGGGUACGAUAUGACGCCGGAAGCGGCACUGGCCAAGCUGUCGUACGUGCUGAGCAAGCAGGAGUGGGACUGGGAGACGAAGAAGAAGAUGAUGAAGAGCAAUCUGCGCGGAGAGCUCACCUGUGAAAAGCCGCCGGAAAUGCAAGAGUACGAUCUGAUCGAUGCCGUUGCACGUACGCUUCAUCUUACGUCCACCAAAGAGCUGGGACAGCUAAAGUCUUCCCUCUUUCCGGCGAUGGUCAGCACGGCCGUGCUGGCUGGCGAUGUGACAAAGCUGACGAACCUGAAGAACUACGGUGCCAACAUGUCGGCCGAAAACUACGACCACCGGACGGCACUGCACGUGGCGUGCUGCGAGGGCAACAUCGAGAUGGUGCAGUAUCUGCUGCAGAACGGUGCCGCCGUACACAUACGCGACCGGUACGAUCGCACACCGCUGAUGGAUGCGAUCAUGCACGACCACCAUCAGGCGAUCCGGUUGCUAAUCAAGUGCGGUGCCCAUCUGACCGGCUCAAUACGGGCGAUCGGGGAUGGGCUGUGUGCGGCCGCGGCCCGUAACCAGCAAGCCAGACUGGAAUCGUACCGCAUUGCCGGUGCCGACCUGUCGCAGGAAGACUCGUGCGGCCGUACCGCACUGCACGUGGCGGCGCUGUACGGGCACGUGGAGAUUGUGCAGUACCUGCUGAAGAACUAUGCCGAACCGAACGCGAUCGACUAUCUCGGGCUGACGCCGCUCGACUACGCGCUGAAGGCAAACUCGGAGGCGGUCGUGCCGGUGCUGGAGCGCCACGAGGCGGUGCGGGGCGAGGAGCUGUCGUUCGAUGCGGACAAGCGGCUCCAGAUGAAGGAUUCGUUCGACUAAUUGUGGGCUACCGAGCGUCUCGUACACUUUUUGCCUUAUUGUGAUACGUGAGGUGGUGGAAGGAGUUGAGAGGUGAAUGUGCUAGAGUAUGUUGAGAAGGAAUGUGAAGGUUUUUUGUUGAGUGGUAGCUACUUAAAUUCUGAACCAACAUUAAUAGGCCACAAGCAAAGUGCAGUGUAUUGAUAAGGAAUUUAAAGCGAAGACAUUAAGGACGAACACAGUUGGUCUUCUACUGUAAUUAGAUUUAAAACAUACAACAAGGAAAGUAGAAUAAAAAAUUAUCUAAUUCGCACCAGUAAUAAAAAAGAUACACAAAAUUUGAGUUUGACACCUCUGACCGUUCAGGUAAAGUUAAA